CAAAGCAAUGCAACACCAUUUGUCUCCUGCAGGGGGCGAGAAUGGUCAUUAAAAAGUGGCCUAAGGGUCAGCUUGGACUGACGAGGCACGUGAGGCGUGUUGCUGCUCCUUCUGUUAGCAUCCUGAAUUCUCCACUUGCAUCAAAGGGAAUGGCGAUGUGGGCCGCCUCCAGAGUGAUAACCACAUGUUUACGCGGGGGAGAAAAACAACAAUAGUCAUUUCAGUCACCCUUGCAGGAAAUGAGACGCAUUCAGGCAGAAGCGAGUGCUUUCUGUUGCCAUAGAGACAACCGAGCGAGUCGUCUACCAGUGAGAACGGGAAUGAAACUGGCUAAUUCUGGAGUACUCCAUCCGUCUCCUCCUGUUGACUCUGCCGGGUCUCGGUCCUGUGGGCGCCAGUGGAAUGUGACCGGACUCAUUUUUUCCACACUCUAAUUCGGCAAAUUGAGUCUUGCGUCUCGGGACCCCGGCAACAAGCCGUCACUAAGACCCUCCAGGAAGCCCGCAGUAAACAAACGGGCAAAUUCAGCAUCGGCGCCUCCUCUUAGAGCCGCUCCGUGGUUAAUCAGUAGCCUUUCUCGUCUUCCACACGCAGCGCCACCAAAUAUUUGCCUUUUGCUUGGUCUUCUGUUCGAUGUCUGAAAUUUCAUAGCCAUAAAACAAUAGACCUUGCCGAAUAUCUGUCCUGUAAAAAGGACUGUGCUCUAAUUGGCUCAUUAGGCUUGUAAUCUCAACAAACCAUUAUCUUCAUCUGUAUUGACCUAGUCUGUUGAUCACUUCGAAUGGGGCCAUAAUCCUUACCGAAAGUCUCCAUAAAUAUUAUCCCCCACCCCCGCCCGCCUACCUCCAUAUGACCGCCGAUGUCAUGGAUCAUUUGGUGGCACCUGGAAGCCCAUGAGUGUGACAAAACUGGGCUUCAGCUACAGUGUCAAGACAUUUACUCAAAAUUUACGACCACAUUUAGUCAUUAAAGUCAGAAAUCUAGAAUAAUGGUAUUUAAUGAUAACUCUGUAGACGGCUGUGUCUGUCUCUAUUGGGGGUGUCCCCUCCCCUCACCCUACUGCAGGGCCCGUUCACAUCAUCAGCCCUCAUUUUUAUACAUAAUUGUCUUAUUUACCAAAGUUACAGAACAAAACACAGCUUUUGUAGAGCAUUGCUGCCCAUAGCACAAACUCCGGACCAGUUCAUAGGUGCUGCUGUUACUUAGCAACGAGAUGAGAGUAGAGUAGAAAAACAUAUGCUUUUACUGGACCAUACAGUCAUGCUUCAAGAAUGAGUUUUGUUUGUUUUUUUAUUCUUUUCCUGACAAGCACUCCUCCUCCCCACUUAUUAUCAACAAUCAAUUUCAGAGUGACUACUCACAUUCAUAGUUAUUUUUGGGCAUUUGUGGUCUUAUGAGAAGAUGGAUCACCUUAAUAUAUACCAUUUACAGGGGUGAAAAAAAGAUAAAUCUUGGAGGUGGAUGACGGGAUCGGCGGAGUACAGCUGCGAAAAGCCCAGCCUUAAAGGUGCCCGUAGACUUCAAACGACGUCUGGACAAAAGAAAAUCAAACACGUUGGCAAGAACCAACUGUCGCACCCCCUUCUCUAUUCUGUCACGCCACGACCGUAGAAGGCGCAUGUUUGCUAUGUAGCAGACCGGCAUAGGGAGCGUGGAUACACACAUUGUGGCGAGUGCGUGAGUCACUUUAAUAAAGGAGAUGACAGCUUUUUUAAAAUGGGAGUUACUGUCUUCAUUAACAGCUACUAUCGGUUUAAUACUAGCAGCGGCACCGACAAUUUACACGACACUCACGGUGACACGCCAAUGAAACACGCAUGUCACAGCAAACUCUACAUGGUUACAACAUUUACUAUUAACAGAGAUACACAAAUACCUAUAAAUUUACACCAUUUAAAGUGCAAUGCAAAGCAUGCUGGGAACUGCAUAAUUAGCCCUCAGCCAAUCGUGGACGGUGGGUGGGAUCAGAACAAACCAGGAAGUUUGUCUCGGGGAGGCGCCGCAGGCUGCAUGCGGUUGAUUUCGCCUGAAGUAUACAGCCACCUUCAGCAAGGCUCUCUGAUGUCUCCCGUCAGAAAAUGUGGCUUGUUCUCCGUGCCGACUUGAGAUACACGAAAAUGAAAACAGCCACCAACAUCUAUAUCUUCAACCUGGCCCUGGCGGAUGCCCUGGCCACCAGCACGCUGCCCUUCCAGGGCGUCAACUUCCUGAUGGGCACCUGGCCCUUUGGCGAGGAGCUCUGCAAAGUGGUGCUCUCCAUCGACUACUACAACAUGUUCACCAGCAUCUUCACGCUGACCACCAUGAGUGUGGACCGUUACAUCGCCGUCUGCCAUCCCAUCAAGGCGCUCGACUUCCGCACGCCGCGAAACGCCAAGAUCGUCAACGUCUGUAACUGGAUCCUUUCUUCUGCCAUCGGCCUGCCCGUUAUGAUCAUGGCCUCUACCGUGGCUCACAGGAAUGCUCCAAAAAUCAUCGACUGCACCCUGAAGUUUCCCCACCCAUACUGGUACUGGGACAACCUGCUGAAGAUCUGCGUCUUCAUCUUCGCUUUCAUCAUGCCCGUCCUCAUCAUCACGGUGUGCUACGGGCUGAUGAUCCUCCGCCUGAAGAGCGUCCGCCUGCUGUCUGGCUCCAAGGAGAAGGACCGCAACCUCCGGCGUAUCACGCGCAUGGUGCUGGUGGUGGUGGCCGUCUUCAUCGUGUGCUGGACCCCCAUCCACAUCUUUGUUAUCAUCAAGGCCCUGGUGAACAUCCCCAACUCGCUUUUGCAGUCCAUCACUUGGCACUUCUGCAUCACCCUGGGCUACACCAACAGCUGCCUCAACCCCGUGCUCUACGCCUUCCUGGACGAGAACUUCAAGCGCUGCUUCCGCGAGUUCUGCGUCCCCUCUCCAGCCGGCCUGGACCUGCAGAACUCCUCUCGCAUCCGGCCUGCGCACCGUGAGCAUAAUUCCAGUGGGCACACCCUGGAACGGACCAACCAGCAGGUAUGACUAGCCAUGGAGAUGUCGUCGCUGGACUCCCGCGGCCAGCUGCACGUCGACAUGAACUCCGAGGUAACGCAGGUCACGACUGGACUCUGACUGUCCCGUUGCUCUUGGGCUGGCCAAGGCGAACGUAUCCGACGCGCCGCUGGACUGGUCUCCCGACAGCAGCCUCUGUUCAGAUGACAAAUGCUUUUUAUUGCGGGAACCCAACGCGGAGGUUCUCAGCAAAACUGCAGACUCCUUGCUAGUGCAGCAUUUCUAGCUACCUUUGUCAGGCGUAGCAUGUGAUUCAUCUACAGCAGAGGACCCAUACUGAGCCAUUUAAGGUCUUGCCAAGUGAUGUUUUCAUGCCAGUGGUGAUCAGAUAAUAUAUUCUGAUCCAUGUAAAAAAAAAGAAGCAGCGUUGGGUUUCCAUGAAUGACUGGCCCUUUCAGCCAAAGCGCAAAGCUGUGAUGUAUGUGGCUUUCAAACACAGACCUUCACACGUAUCUCAGAAAAGCCCCGGAAUGAGGUGGGAUACAAGCUGAAGGUUGGCAAUACAGCUCUAUUUACCUUAUUUGCACAUUGUUACUUAUACGUGGUAUUUGCUCGUUACUUGAAAUCAUUCAACUUGUACAGAACUGAUGAAAUUUGGUACAGGAUCAAUAAAUUAAUUAAAUGCAUUUGCAAAUGAGUUCCGCUCCAAAAAUCUAAUAAUAUUUGGUUGUGCUCACACUGUUACUCACCAUCAGAGUUGCCCACCGUGUACCAGCGUGUAAUUUAACUCUGUGUCAGGCAGACACAGAUAUAUCCGAAACUCAGUAGAACACCGUCUGCAGAAAGUGCUGUUAUCAGUAACAACUUGGCACCAAUAGUAUCUCAUCUGACAGCUGCCAAUCCAUCACAUCAGACCCUUUAGUCCUAUAGUGUCUCGGCAGUAGCAUUUAAAAACCAACAUGAGUGGACAGCGUGGCAGUGCGGUGACCUCACAGCUCCCGAUUCGGCGGACAGCGUGGCAGUGCGGUGACCUCACAGCUCCCGAUUCGGCGGACAGCGUGGCAGUGUGGUGACCUCACAGCUCCCGAUUCGGUGGACAGCGUGGCAGUGCAGUGACCUCACAGCUCCCGAUUCAGGAGUUCGAAUCCCUCCUGCAGUGAGGCUAACUGGACUGUCUAUGUCGCCCGUAGUGCGUGAGUGUUUACCCACAGCAGACUGGUAUCCUGGACUCUUUUGUCUGCCUGGGACAGAGAGGCCCCAGACCCCCCCUUAACCCUGACAAGGAAAAGGGUUUUAAAGAUGGAUGGGUGCAUCUGUUAAAAAUAUUUUUAUACGUUGCAGUUUUUUGUUAUGCCAAUUAUAUAUAUAUGCUUUAUGUAACCGCUGUACUGUUAAAUAAAUGCCCUUGAGGUUAAAUAGUAUGUAGUCAUGUUGUGUAAUAACUCACGGCAUUUUGUUUCAUGGUGGUGAACUUAUAUAUAUAUAUACAUAUGAAACCUUUAAGAGAAACUUCACUCCCUUAUCCCACAGUAUAAUAUUAUAUAAUGGUGAUGCUUUAAAACGUCUGUUUCACCUGCCCAUGUUCCUUAAUGAACGUUCAAUGUGCAUGGAGCUGCAUAUAUCAGUUUUUAUAAAUUUUAUCAUUGGUACAAUUCGAUGUUUUUUUCUGAAAAUGCGGAAAUGAUUCUUUAUGCCUUCCAGCUUUUACUGAAUGUUUUUUUUCAUUUUCUAAAGACCUAAUAAACUAUUAUAUUAUUAAUUAUGAUAUAUUCCUGGCUGCUGAUUAUUUACAUUGCUGUACACAGACACACAUCCGUCACACAGAUUGCUGGGUAAUAUUCCUGUUCUCACACAUUUAUUCCAAUGAGUUGCUCUGCAUUAUAAACCCCUGCAUUCAGGAGAGGCUGAUAUUCAGAUGAUCAGUCCAGUGGAAAGUGGUUUAGACUGACAGCCAAUCACACAUCCCAGGUCGUCACCAUCAGCACAGACGUGGACAGCAUUUGUCUUAGUGGCC